AACGAAAGCUCUUUCUCCAACGUGAUCCAAUGUCGCUGCGCUUGGGCGAACCAAUACGCGCCAAAAUUAUUCAAUCCCUACUCCCAUAGCCAUGAGGCUGAGAUCACUCUGGGUGAGACUACCGGCAGUAGUAUUUUCCCCAUUUCUCCCACGACGCUCGACUGAUUUCCGGUGGGGUGAACGAUUGUUUAUAUAUAUUAAACGAUCUGGCGGAUGUAAACAAUUGUCAGUCAGUUUCGAGCGGCUCCUACGAGAGGACUUCUUCGGGAAGGAUGAAAUCCCGCUGGAACAGAGUGAUAACUAUCCUCCUGAUAGUUCAGUUCCAAACUUUUGUAAUCGAUGCAAAAGCUGUUAUCGAUCAAAAGGCAGAAGAAACGCUUAAUAUAAACAUACCAGAACAAGUGCAAAAGCGUAUCGGUUAUGACUACCCGGCUCCAGAAGCACCUGUAACGUUUGACGAGCAUCAUCAUCAUGUCGCUGAACCUCUGCCACUGUUACAACAUGAAACUUUGCCUGAAGAACACCAUCACGACCACGAAGAACAUCUCCAUUACGAUGAACACCAUCACCACGAAGAACACCACGACCCAGGGUAUUGGAAAAAGAAACUGAUUUGGAAGGAAGGCUGGAAAAAGAUAUGGAAACCCGGAAAGAAACAAAUUUGGAAGCCCGACUGGAAAAAGAUAUGGAAACCAAUCUGGGUCCCGACGGAAAUACCAGUCUGGAAAGAUAUUCAGGUUCCUGCAUGGAAACAAAUCUGGAAACCAGUAUGGAACGAGAUACAGGUGCCAGCAUGGAAAGAAAUACAGGUGCCUGAUUGGAAAAAAAUUUGGAAACCAAUCUGGGUACCGAUCAAGGUGCCGGCAUGGAAGGAAAUACAGGUCCCUGCCUGGAAACAGAUUUGGAAGCCAGUGUGGAAGGAGAUACAGGUGCCGGACUGGAAGGAAGUGCAUGUUCCCGCUUGGAAGCAGUACUGGUAUCCCGAAUGGAUCAAAGUAGGCGUUCCUGGAGAGAAGUACCUCGGCAAAGACCACGACGGCUGGGAAUAUACCAGCCACGAUCUAUGGAAGAAAAAGCUAGUGUGGAAAUCUGGUUGGAAGAAAAUUUGGAAAACUGAACAGAAACAAAUCUGGCGUACCGAUAAAAAAUUGGAAUGGAAAUCGGCCUGGAAACAGAUAUGGCAUUCAGCCAAGAAGCAAGUGUGGGUUGAGGACAAAAAGCUUGGGUGGAAGGAAGCAUGGAAGCAAAUAUGGCGCACGGAGAAGAAACAAAUUUGGGUGCCGGAAAAGAAACUGGACUGGAAAUCCGCCUGGGUGCAGAUUUGGAAACCCAGCAAAAAACUAGUAUGGGUGCCGGACAAGAAACUCGAAUGGAAGGAAGCAUGGAAACAAAUAUGGGUACCCGAUUGGAAGGAAAUUUGGUUACCGGCGUGGAAGAAGAUCUGGAAGCCGGUCUGGAUAUCCGAGUGGUUCCCUUCACCCGAUCACCACGAUCACCAUCAUCACGAAGAACUAGAGCACGGUUGGGAUCGAAAGGAUGGUUCGAAUCCGAAGGUGUUGUUCAAGCGUAGUGAGGCAGAGACUGCACAACCGAAGACUGUGGAAGGUCAACUUCCAAAGGUUUCUGCAACCAUUACACCAGCAGUGGUCAAAACAGAUAACACAGAAAACAAAUCCGAUUUUCGGUUUCCUUCCUAA